ACGAAAGUAAUGGAAGUGGUGGAAGCAAAGAUUCUAAAAGUGGAAGUGGAAGCGGUAAUAGUGGGGGAAGUGGUGAAAGCAAAAGUUCCAUAAGUGGAAGUAAUUCGGUAAAAGAAGGAAGCGAGGUUGCAUCGUCAUCGAGCUACCGACGUCUCCAACGAUACAGAAGAUCAGUCGGUAAAAGUCAAAGUGACGGAAUCAGGUCUUCAAAAGAUUCUGCUAAAAGCAACGAAAGUAAGGCUAGUGGAGAGAAAAGCGGCAGUGGGGACAAUGAGUCUAAAAGUGAGAGUAAAGGCAGUGGAAGCAAAGACAGUGGAGAGAAAAGCGGAAGUAAGGAUAGUAAAUCUAAGAGCGGUAGUGAGAACAGCAGUAAAUCGGGAAGUGGCGAAAGUAACAAAAGCAGUGGAGUCAGAUCUAAAUCAGAAAGUGGAAGUAAAAGUAGCCAGGGAAGUAGAAAUGGAAGCGGAAGUAACUCAGGUCUUAUUGAUGAUGUAAUAACUGAAUUAAUUGAUGGACCAGAUUAUGCCCCAUCAAAUGAAGAUAGAGGAUCAGAGCAAAGCGACCCAACUGCUGAGCAAAAAUGUGAUAAGAACAAGAAAGUCAAAGUGUGCCCAAGAGGUUCAGUUCCUUUGAACGAUGGCAGUGGACGAUGUCUCCAGUACAUAUCCGAGAAGACAAAUUGGCACAGGGCUGGUUUGAACUGCAAUAGACUUGGCGGGAAGCUUGCAAUGGUAAAUGAUUCAAACGUGCUUGAGUUUGUCCGACUAAUGCCUGUACCAAAGACGUGUACCAAAAACGCAAUACUCCCAAAAGAAAAUUACGAGCCUGAACCUGAAGAAGAAAUUGAAGAGUUAAAAGAAAAGAGCAGUGAGAAAAGUGCGUCUAGUGGCGAAAAGAGCAAAAGUGGUGAAAACAGCAAAAGUAGCGAGCAAAACAAAAGUGGCGAAAAGAGUGAAAAAAAGAGCCAAAGUAGUGAAGAGAGUGUCGAAAGUGCCUCAAAUAAAGACAAAAGUGGUGAAAAGAGCAAAAGUAGCGAGCAAAGCAAAAGUGGUGAAACGAGUGUCAAAGUUUCCUCAAAUAAAGACAAAAGUGGGGAAAGUGGUGAAGAUGAAAUAGAAAAUUCUGCCAACAGCGGUAAAAGUAAUGAAAAAGAAGAUACGAAAAAAGAAAGGAGAAGGAAGAGAAGUGUAGGAGAGAGUUCCCAAGAUUUAAAUGAAAGCAGAAAAGAAAAAACGAGUAGCAAGAGUAACAGUGGCAGUGAAAAAUCUGGCAGUGGAAGUGAAGACGGCGGUGGUAAAAUUGGCAGUGCUAAAAGUGGCAGUGGUAGUAAAAG